CUAGGACUUGGUCAGUUUAUAAAUAGGAUACCCAAACACGGUUUUAGUAUCAUAUCACAAAAUAAUUCCUUUUUAUCUCAUAUUUUCUUGUUUGCAAUCAGACAUUCUUAUCUUUCAAUUUCAUAAUUCGACAUGGCUGAGACUGUUGUUCUUAAGGUUGGCAUGUCCUGCCAAGGUUGCGUUGGAGCAGUGAAGAGAGUUUUAGGCAAAAUGGAAGGUGUCGAAUCUUUUGACAUUGAUAUCGACCAACAGAAGGUGACUGUCAAAGGCAAUGUGCAGCCUGAUGCUGUUUUCCAGACUGUUGCAAAAACUGGGAAGAAGACAGAGUACUGGGACUCUGCAGCAGGAGCAGCUGAAUCAAAGCCAACAGAAACUGUAGCUGUUGCUUAAUAGUAUGUUACAAUGAUAAUCUUCUUGUGUAAAAUAAGUUCAUGGGUUAGCAACAGAGUUUACCAUAUUCCGUGAUGUGGGGAGCUUUUGUACCGUGUCAAACUCAUUGUAUCUUUUCUUCGACUCCUGUACUUAGUUUCCUUAUAUUUCAUUAUCAUGUUUAAGUGUGCUGUACUAUAAAUGAAGAUAUAACAUUUCUGGUGGGUAUAUUAUUAUUUGUGAUCUUGUAAA